AUGGCAACGGCACCACGUGAAGGAGCAGCAUGGUUCUUGAAAUCCAGUCUUAAGAGUCCGGGUUACGAUGGCUCAAAAGAGAAAGACUUCUACACGUGGAUGCUUCUCGAGGUUAUCUACAACAACACUGAGGAUGAGGCUUAUCAAUGGCCCCCACCAUUAUGGUACCCGGGCCACCCAAGAACGGGACAGCAGGUUUUUCCUGGCAACUUAUUCAGUACUGGAUACGUCCGCUAUGAGUAUAUGUCUGUCAUGUACAGCCCAAGUGCUGAGGACAUUAAGCGAACUUAUCGCGUCAGAAGCAGCAUUAGCCGUGGGCAGUUAAGUCGCCAAACAUGCUCUUCUGCCGUUUGCUACAUCGCAGUUCCGUUACCGACUACGAAGGAACGGUUCAUUUGGAUCGAUCUCACGUAUCCUAUUAGGGCUUUCAUGAUCCCAGCCGCUUUCACUGCUCAUCCCCAGUAUCAGGGACACGCAAUUUUUACCCGACUCGAUGUUCGGGGUAGGGAGGGUUUGCCAAAAGCGUACGUAGUAAAAGGCGUUGCUGCUAAAGAACUGGCAUCUGGCAGAAGAACUGUCGAAGAAUGGAAUGACUGGACCCCUCACAACUGGAAGUGGAGACAAGAGCAAGCAACACUACUCAAUGUAUACGCGCGGCUAAAAAAUCGGCUCGCAGAUAUCGGUACCAAAGGCCCAGCAAUACAAGAGCCUGGGCUCAAGCCAGAGUAUAUCAAAACUCUUGAGAAGCUACCAAGCGAAAAAUAUGCCGAGGCCAGCUAUAAGAAAAACCCACAAGGAGAUGAAAUAACCGGUUUAACGAUGCGGCCUCAGUGGACUAUUCGAAUCGAUACUUUCAAGAGUGCUGUCAAAGCAUCGAAGGUUCUCGCGGAUUUCGAUAUGGCUCAAGCUAUUGAUCUGGCUGCAGCACAGACAAAAGACCUGGGUGUCAGACUGAGAUACGAACAGGAUGAGCCGGGUGACAAGUUCAUGAAAGAUUUGCUUGUCAGUUUCAUCGCUAUAGGAAUUGGUUUCAUUCCUGUAUUUGGACCUCUAGCUGCAUUUACCUGGAGUCUUAAAUAUGAGGUGAUAUCAGAUACAGAAAAGUUUACCAAAGCCGCAGGUAUUGGUGGCAAGGCGCCUGCUCUCACACAAGCUCUGUUGCAUAUGGAGCAAGGGUCUACGAGAAGCAUCCGUGUUGAUCCUGGGGAGAACACCGCCGAUGACAACUCCCGACAGGAACCAGAAAUUGGCCAAGAUUCAAGCAAUGGAGAUAGUGAAGAGAAGACAAAGCAGCUAGAUUCCGAAAAUGGCGUGGAAAGCAAUGAAAUCCCAGGCAAUCCUGAGGGUUCUGCAAAGCUCGGCGAUGCUAAAGUCGUUGAUCAAUCAAAGAUUUUUGGAGAUGAGACUGGCGAGUCUGACGAAGAAAGUACCGUAGAUGGCACUUUCGAUAAGAAGGUAGAUAAAGAUCCAUUUGCAUUCAUUAUUGAGGCAGGAGAGGCAGAGGUUUAUGGCCCAGUGGCUUCCGGUUGA